AUGGCUCAGGUCGAGAUCAUUUCCCCUCCGUCUGCGGACUGGAAGGGUCACAGCGAUGCGAACCCCAACUUCCGAACACUAGGGAAGCUGUCGCCUCCCGUGAUGCGCAAGAUUGAGCCCUUCGGAGCCCAGUUCCUUGCCUAUGCCCGUCGCAAGCGCCAUGGUCGUACAUUCUCUGAAGAUGACCGGAUACAGGCUCUAUCUAAAGUCAAGAAGUCGGAAGACGAUGAUGACGGCGAGAUCAGUGAGCCCGAGGAUCCUUUGAUGCUGGCUCGUGAUGCCAAAGAUUGGAAGGGACAAGAUCAUUAUGCAGUCCUCGGCCUCUCGAAAUACCGGUACAAAGCCACCGAUGAGCAGAUCAAGAAGGCUCACCGGAAGAAGGUGCUCAAACACCAUCCAGACAAGAAGGCUGCUGCUGGUCAGGAUGAUGAGAACGACUCUUUCUUCAAGUGUAUCCAACGUGCCCACGAGAUUCUCACAGACCCAGUUAAGCGCCGUCAAUUCGACUCUGUCGACGAGGCCGCCGAUGUUCCUCCUCCGACUAAGAAAGACCUGCAAAAGCCCAGUGCUUUCUACAAGAAGUGGAGUGCCGUUUUCGAGAGUGAGGCACGGUUCAGCAAGAAAACCCCGGUGCCAAUGCUAGGCGAUGCGAACAGCACGAAAGAGGAGGUGGAGGAAUUCUACGAUUUCUGGUACAAUUUCGACUCAUGGCGCACGUUUGAAUACCUCGAUGAGGAUGUGCCGGAUGAUAAUGAAGGUCGUGAUCACAAGCGCCAUAUUGAGAAGAAAAAUGCCAAUGCUCGUCGCAAGCGCAAGUCCGAGGAUAUCGCCCGACUUCGCAAGUUGGUCGACGAUUGCUUGAGCUACGAUGAGCGCAUCAAAAAGUUCCGCCAACAGGCCAAUGCCGACAAGAACAAGCGCCGACUUGAGAAAGAAGCAGCUGCCAAGCGCGAGGCUGAGGAGAAGGCAAAGGCGAAGGAGGAAGAGGAACGGAAGCAGAAAGAAGAUGGCGAGAGACUGAAAGCAGAAAAGGAGCAGAGCAAGAAAGCCAAAGAAGCCGCCAAGAACGCCGUCAAGAAGAACAAGCGUGUCGUUAAAGGCAGCGUUAAGGAUGUCAACUAUUUUGCUGAAGGCGGCGAAGCGAGUCCUAAACAAGUUGACGAUGUCCUGGAUGAUGUUGAUAAAGUCCUGGGCAACAUUGACCCGGACCAGUUGGCUGACCUGGUUUCGAAGCUCAAUGUUGCUGGUAAAGAUGCUGGAAAAGUGAAGGAGAUCUUCAGUGGGACGACUGGAGAGUUGGUCGGUGCAGGAAAGCUGAAGGAGAGCGACUUGAAGGUCUUGAAAUGA